AAGGAUUGCUUCCGCCACACAUGACGUCACGGUCCUUGCUUGUCAUCCAUGUCUGUCCCCCCCUCUGUACUGACACACUGGCACACUGCUGGCACUACUUCUUCAGAAAGCACCUUCUCAUGAACCCCACUUGUCCUCUCCCAUGAGAUUCCACCCUCUACAAUGAAUAAACUAGAUCUCUCAGCUGGAGAUCCACUGGAUCUCCCGUUUUCCAUUCUGGAAGUUGGCAUAGCAGGGCGACUGGAACUGAUCACAAAACCUCUGCCAUCGAAUGUUCCAUCUUUCCCGUUAUCUACAAUUCCGAAUGGUUUACCUCCAUACGACGUGGAUUUGUCUUCUGAAGUGAUCCAGAAAUAUCUUAGUGACCCAGAAUGGCUUUCUAUCCAUGAUUUUGACCGGAGCCACAGGUCCUGGCCUCGUACCAAGGAUGUCAGCUCCCUGUUCCACAUGGACCUCAGUGCUCCGCAGACUGAUAUCAGCAUGGAGCGUAACUCUGCUACCGGAGAACUGCGCAGAGUCAGCGAGGCCUCGGCAAACCACAUUGGUCUCUCAGCGCAGAAUUCUCUGUCCCUACGACGACCUCCUGGUCCUCCUUCUCAGUCCGUCAAGGGCAGCACUUCCAACUUCCCUUUCUGGCCAGGUGGCAUGGAUGAACCCACUCUUGAACAAAUGAAGGCCAUCAGUGAAGAGGAUGAAGCCCUGGACUUUGAGAAAGAUCUCUUAUCUGCUCCCCCUGGAUGGAAAAAUGGAAUGAAUUUCAAGCAAUUGGAUGGAUCGAAGCCCCCGGGGGUUCUUUCUCUGGCCAACUUGCUGGGGACUCUGGAAGAUUUCUCUCUGGCAGACUCCAGUGAGGAUGAAGAUGAAGCCAAAAUUAAACAGAAGCCCAAGGCAGAGAAGACGGAGGGACUUCACAGGGCGGAUAGCCUGGAGGAGCUGGGUGUAGAGAUGAAGUCCUCUGCUGCCGCACCCCCACCCCCAGCCUCGCCCCUGCCAGAAUCCACUCAGGAACAAUGGGCCGUUCCACUCAGCAGCCUCACCCCCGUGGAUGAUUUCUACAAACGUAUUCCAGAUCUAGCCUUUAAGCAUCCAUUUGAACUGGACCCCUUCCAGAAGAAAGCCAUUCAGUGUCUGGAAGAUGGUUCUUCUGUCUUCAUUGCAGCGCACACGUCUGCUGGGAAGACUGUGGUGGCAGAAUAUGCCAUAGCAUUGUCCCUAAAACACAUGACCAGAACCAUAUACACCUCCCCCAUAAAGGCCUUGUCCAAUCAGAAGUUUCGAGAUUUCAAGAUCACUUUUGGAGACGUUGGCCUGAUCACAGGAGAUGUCCAACUCUAUACAGCAGCGCCGUGUCUGAUUAUGACCACAGAGAUCUUACGAUCUAUGCUGUACAACGGUUCUGAUGUCGUCCGAGACUUAGAAUGGGUCAUCUUUGAUGAGGUCCAUUAUAUCAAUGAUGCAGAGCGAGGCGUCGUAUGGGAGGAGGUUCUCAUCAUGUUGCCAGACCACGUCAAUAUUAUCCUGCUGAGCGCCACAGUCCCCAACACCGUGGAGUUUGCAGACUGGAUCGGGAGGAUAAAGAAGAAGAAGAUCUAUGUGAUCAGUACCACCAAGAGGCCGGUGCCGCUGGAACAUUAUCUGUACACGGGGAACAGUCAGAAGACGCAGAAUGAGUUUUUCCUGUUGCAGGACGCUUCUGGAACCUUCCAGACCAAAGGCUACUAUGCUGCUGUUGAUGCCAAAAAGGAGCGAACCUCUAAAUAUUCGCAAACGUUUGGAGCAAAACACCCGCAUGGCGGUGGAGCCGGGCAUGAUAAAGGCACAUGGCUGUCUCUGAUCCAGUCUCUCCGGAAGCGAGAUGCCCUCCCAGUGGUGAUCUUCACCUUCUCCCGAACCCGGUGUGAGCAGAACGCCUCCGCACUGACCACGGUAGAUCUGUGCUCAGCCGCAGAGCGGAGCGAGGUGCAGACGUACUACACCAAGUGCCUGAGCCGCCUGCGCGGGACUGACCGCCAGCUCCCGCAGGUACUGCACAUGCUGGACUUGUUGAAGAGAGGGAUUGGUAUCCAUCACAGCGGAAUCCUGCCCAUCCUGAAGGAGGUGGUGGAGAUGCUCUUCAGCCGCGGACUGGUUAAGAUCCUGUUUGCCACAGAGACGUUCGCCAUGGGCGUUAACAUGCCGGCUCGCACAGUGGUGUUCGAUUCAAUCCGAAAACAUGAUGGCACCAAUUUCCGAGACCUGACUCCAGGAGAAUACAUACAGAUGGCCGGCCGCGCUGGGCGGCGAGGUUUGGACAGUACUGGUAUGGUGAUAAUAUUGUGUAAAUCGGCCGUACCGGACAUGGGCGAUUUGCACAGGAUGAUGCUGGGGAAGCCCACUCAGUUACAAUCUCAGUUCCGACUCACGUACUCCAUGAUCCUAAACCUACUCCGAGUCGAAGCGCUGAGAGUGGAGGACAUGAUGAAGAGGAGUUUUGCAGAAGCCAGAACACAAAAAGACACCAAGGCUCAUGAACAGCGGAUAAAGGUCCUCACCAAGACACUGGGGGACAUGGGGGAAGUGGAAUGCUCAGGGGACCUGGCCGACCUGCAGGACUACUUUUUGACAGUACAGGAACUUAUUUGUACCAGAGAAACCUUGCAGAGAAAGGUGGUAGAGUCCAUGAAUGGAAUGAAAUGCCUGAGUGUGGGCCGCAUCAUCAUCAUCAGCACCGAAUACCACCCAUGGGUGCCUGGAGUCAUCCUGCAGGUGUCCUCAGAUGCCAGCAAUAGGAUUUACACCACCUUGGUGCUGUGUGAGAAGAACCGGAAUGGUGGAGCGCCCUCUACAGAGAGAGGAGAGAAGGAUGCCAAGCGGGCACCAUGUCCUGAUGACCUCUUGAUGGGCAAAGUGUUUCGACCUGAAGGUCCGUGCGACUACAAGCUUCUGAAGCUCCAUGCCUCUGACAUUCUUAUGAUAACCGGGAAAACUCUGAGAGUCCAUGGUGAUAAAGUGCUGGAUGAUGUUGCCAGGAGCCUAACCCCACGAUUCAGGAAUGACCCUCCGGGCCCUGCAGUAUCUGGGGUGACUCAGGAGCUAUCUCGCCUUGCAGACUUGCCUUCGGGGUCAAUUACCUCCUUGUGCCCCAUCAAUGAUCUCCAGCUGAAGGAGCUGGAGGUGGUGGAUGGAGUCAGCCGGGCAAAGAGACUUGAAGCAGCACUACGAGAAUUCACCUCCCCCAACAGCCCCCGAUUUACAUACCAGUAUCUACGCAUGGAGCAGAGAUCGCAGGUACUGAGUGAGCUGGAUCGUCUUCGCUUCCUUACCUCUGACCAGUCACUGUGCCUCCUGCCAGAAUACCAGCAGAGAAUCAAUGUCUUGCGCACUCUACAGUACAUAGACGAUGGCGGUGCUGUACAGCUAAAGGGCCGGGUGGCCUGUGAGGUCAGCUGUCAUGAACUGUUGGUGACUGAACUAGUCCUGGAUGGGACCCUGUCUCCUCUUAACCCUGAUGAGAUUGCAGCACUACUCUCAUGCCUGGUCUUUCAGCACAAGACGCAAUGUGAGCCGAAGCUAACGGAAACUUUGAAGCAGGGAGUGAAGAAGGUGAGAGAGCUGGCUGAACGAAUUGCGCUGAUUCAGCGGGAAUGUGGCCUUAGGGAGCCAGUGGAGGACUUUGUGUCGCAGUACAAGUUUGGCCUGACGGAGGUUGUGUAUGAAUGGGCACGUGGAAUGCCAUUUGCAGAAAUCAUGACCCUGACUGACAUCCAGGAAGGCCUUAUUGUGCGCUGCGUACAGCGACUGGACGAAGCGUGUCGGGAUGUACGUUCUGCCGCACGGUUGGUGGGAGAUGCUACUCUGUGUGCCAAGAUGGAGGCCGCCUCACAGCUCAUCAAAAGGGAUAUAGUGUUUGCUGCCAGCCUGUACACUCAAUGAUCUCUCGCCAAGCGCAUGAUAAAAUCUAGCCUCGCCUGGUAAACCAUCCACCUAUCAGCACGCAGUCCUGGAAAAUGGCUUCCGAGUGGCAAAAAUGGCCGCAGCGUUGAGUGCCGAGUCGUAACCUCUAUGAGGUCUGCCUCUUGAGAGCGAGAUUCGGAAUCCUUGUCUCAAGAAGAAAACAUGAGAUUAGCUGUUAUUUCAGAGGCCGGGAUGAACUGCACAGGGCCUUUGUUGCUGUAAAUUACAGCACUGCUUAUAGAAAUAAAGUAGUUGUGGACUCUU